UAUUAGUGCAGUUUGGUGAGAGAUGCGGGUGCCGAGUGCGCGGCGUUUCAUGACGGCGCUAUGCGUGCUACUGCUAGCCGGCAAGGGCGCGCAGAAGCUGCGCCUAUUUGUGGCGUCGAUGCUGGCGAAGUUUCGCGCUCUCACGGCGACUGGAUCACCCACCACACCGGCCUGGCGACUAUUCAGUGUCUUCCUGGGCGAUCUAAAGGACCACCGCGUUGGUAAAGUGCUGCUUGCAGGAGACCACUGCAUCGUACAGGCUAAAGAUGGCGCUGAAUCUUACAAAGUGCUGGUGCCGCCAAGAACGGAGAACACCUACAUUCUCGACGCGUUAGUGCGUUCAGGAGUGGCUUUCGGCUCCGUGCCACCAUCUACAAGCAGCAAACUACUACCUGUAGCCAUCGCCCUGAUGCCCUUCCUAUACUUGGGACUUACAUACAAGAUGCUGCGUGGGAUGUACGGCCCCGACGCUGGAGCAGUGGGUAAAGAUGGCACCAAGAAGGUGCGUAAACAGCAAGAAACCGAGCGCAUCUCGUUCGAUGACGUGGCCGGCAUCGACGGCGCCAGGAAGGAGUUAGAGGAGGUUGUAGAUUUCCUAAGACACCCGACCAGAUACCACGCUAUUGGAGCUAAAGUGCCUAAAGGAGUGCUACUCUGUGGGCCUUCAGGAACCGGUAAAACACUGCUGGCUCGAGCGGUGGCUUCAGAAGCCGGAGUAGCGUUCCUGUUCUGCUCAGCAUCGGACUUUGUCGAGAUGCUAGUAGGUCGAGGCGCUGCUCGAGUGCGAGAUCUCUUCACCCAGGCCUCCCAGUAUCCGCAAUGUAUCAUUUUUAUCGACGAGAUUGACGCCUUAGCUAAAGCGCGUGGAGGUCUGAAUUCGAAUGACGAACGGGAGCAAACAUUGAACCAAUUAUUGACCGAGAUGGACGGCUUUGAAGGGAAUGUGAACGGAGUUAUCGUGAUUGCCGCGACGAAUCGCCCAGAGGUGCUGGACCCAGCGUUAUGUCGUCCUGGCCGCUUCGAUCGCCAUGUGUAUGUGGGGUUUCCGGAUGCCAAGGGACGUCAAGAGAUCCUAGAAGUGCAUUGUCGUAACGUCAAACUUGAUAGUGAAGUGGAUCUUGCGGUCGUUGCAGAGCAGUGUGGACCCAUGGGUCAACGCUCGGGGGCUCAGCUUGCCAGUCUCGUCAAUGAAGCUGCGUUGCUAGCUGUACGUCAUGGAGACACUAGUAUCAAGUAUACGCACUUUGAACAAGCAAUGAACCGCGCCUUUGCCUCGCAGACACGUAAUAUUGCGGGGUCGUCGUUCGAGUUCGCAAUGGAGGAGGCGUAG